CCAUUUUUCAUGUUCUUCAUCCUUAAAUAGGAUCAGGGUUUAAGACCCUUCGUGGCACACACCUAUCCAAAUUUACGGAGGUACCCCUCCCCUCCGGGGACCAGUGCUGUCUAAGGUCUAAGGUCUAAAGUGCUGUCACGGGGCUUAAAUGACUAUUGCGCCGCCCCCUGUUUCGAAAGUUUUGUUGUGUACACUGGGUGUCACGAACUGGCACAAGCGCGCGCGGCGUAGUCGCGAGACGAGGAAGUCGCGCCUCUUCACGCCUCUUCACCAGACUCCUUCCCGCCGGAUCGCUUUGCUCUUCGCCGCUCGCGCGCCUGACUCGAUGGUUAGCCUGCUCGCAGGCUAGUCACAAAGGUGAGGUUUAUAGGGUUACAGUUAAGUUUAACUGCUGUGAACUGAAGACAGGCUGAUAUAAAGCGGAGGAAAAAUCAGGAAAAGAGCCAGAAUUAACGAGAAUCGCUUCAUCACAUACGUGCCAUCGAAAAUGCAGCCAAUCAGAAUACAGGAAAGCCGUUGAAUAUUCGACGUUAUUAUACGGCAAGGUAGUCUUGAGCUUCCACUGGUGGCCAUGAAAAGUCGUGUUCUCAAGACGUUUUGGAGACUCUCGUCUGGCCCACUCAGAACACCAAUCCGAAUUCUGAGUACCACAACAGGCGGCAUUUUUGAACCAAUACCCAGAGAGGAGCUGGUGACGAAAUUCAAGUCGAGGUUAAGAGACAGGCGGUUUCUUCCAGGCUCCUCGGGCGGUGGUUUCCCAGAGUUCCUAGCAGAGCCAAGAGAUUCAUUUCCACUCGGUGUGCGAGUAAAUAAUAGGAACCAGUCCUCUCUUGCGGAGCUGACUGAAAAAUGCAUGGAUUACUUAAAGGAACAUUUUUCGUCUAAUCCCGCGAUAUUAUUCCGCGGCCUUCCAGCUAAAACAGCAGAGGACUUUUCAAUCAUUGCUAAAGCAACGCGGAAGAAGUCAUUAACUUAUGAAGGAGGCACGGCCCCUCGUACCCAAGUUGACCAAAAUACUGGGACCUAUACUGCGAGCAAUGAAGCAAACUGUUAUACAAUAGAACUACACAAUGAAAUGGCCUAUAAUGAUGUUUUUCCUUCCAAGGUUUUCUUUUUCUGCCUGAAAGAACCAGGUGACGGUUGUGGAGGCGAAACUCCAUUGGCUAAAAACAGCGACAUCCUGUCCAAAAUGGAUCCUGAAGUUGUACGAAAACUUGAAGAAAAAGAACUGCAAUAUGUGCGCUACUUGCCUGACAAAUCUCACAGAGAAUACCUGAACUGGCAGAACGUGUUCAGAACUGAGAAGAGAAGGGAAGCAGAGACACGAGCGAAGCAACAAGGUUAUAACUUCAGAUGGGACGCCAGCGGGGAUCUACACUUGUGGCAAAUUAAACCAGUGUUCAUUCGUCACCCGGUAACGGGAGAAAGAAUUUGGUUCAACCAGGCGUAUAAUCACAAUAUCACGCACGAAAAGGCCAAGCCAAGAUUUAUCAGCACUGAUAUCCCGGAUCAAAAAAUGCCUCGCAAUACUCUCUAUGGCGACGGAAGUGAGAUCGAACCGGAAGUGCUGCAACACUUGCGGGCAGCGGCUUGGGCAUGCGCAGUUGGUUUCAAGUGGCAAAAGGGUGAUUUGUUAGUGUUGGACAACUUGGCUGUUGUGCAUGGAAGACUUAGAUUUACGGGUAACAGAAAGAUACUUGUGUAUUUGACUGUUUAACUGGAAGAAUUUGUUAAGAUGACAAAAGAAAAUACGUGCUUCCCGGCUGAAGUGUGUAAGAACCAAGGAUUUUUAAAUCCUUGCCGAUGAAGAACUCAGUCAAAAUGCGUUUUGUGAUGCUAUCGUUAUUAACUCUUGGUUUUGCUGAAUUUUCUACAUUGCGCAUCGUGUUAUCAGCUCAGUCCUGCGUGUUUGGAUAUGCAAGGAAACACGGUCUCUCGUACUUGUUAUUUUAUUUCCCGGAGCCUUGGGUCGUGUGCGCUUUUGCUUGUAAAAGCUUACAGUAACACGUGCAUCACUACUGAACGUGCCAGAAGGGGCGGAGGUAUUCAUUAGCCGGUCUAAAAGCACGUUACGCAUGUCGCAGAAUUGAGCGCUCCUGAAGACACUUGUUACAUAAAAUUUACAUCUGGGAACAUCUAGUUGGCUCCUCUUUCUGACACUCUGUUUGUUAACGUCGCGUCCUUCAAAGGUGAUAUUAAAACAUGUAGCCUUAUAUUACAUAGGCUGAUUAUUUCCUGCAAUAAUAUACCUCACAAAAAAUAUUUUAGAGUAGGUCAAAGAUAUAAUUUAUUUGCAUUUUAAU